AACCGCGUCGGAGCUGCUUCCUGGGCGCCGUGGCCGCUGACUGCGCGGGCCGCGCGGGUGCCGAGGAGCGCGAAGCGCGGGGACGGCGCACCUGGGGUGGCCCUGGCGUGCGGGCGGCGACAUGGAGGAUGGCGUGCUCAAGGAGGGCUUCCUGGUCAAGAGGGGCCACAUUGUCCACAACUGGAAGGCGCGAUGGUUCAUCCUUCGGCAGAACACGCUGGUGUACUACAAGCUUGAGGGGGGUCGGAGAGUGACCCCUCCCAAGGGCCGGAUCUUCUUGGAUGGCUGCACCAUCACCUGCCCCUGCCUGGAGUAUGAAAACCGACCGCUCCUCAUUAAGCUGAAGACUCAAACAUCCACAGAGUACUUCCUGGAGGCCUGUUCUCGAGAGGAGCGGGAUGCCUGGGCCUUUGAGAUAACCGGGGCUAUUCACGCAGGGCAGCCGGGGAAGGUCCAGCAGCUGCACAGCCUGAGAAACUCCUUCAAGCUGCCCCCGCACAUCAGCCUGCAUCGCAUUGUGGACAAGAUGCAUGAUAGCAGCACCGGAAUCCGUUCAAGCCCCAACAUGGAGCAGGGAAGCACCUACAAAAAGACCUUCCUCGGCUCCUCCCUGGUGGACUGGCUCAUCUCCAACAGCUUUGUGGCCAGCCGUCUGGAGGCGGUGACCCUGGCCUCCAUGCUCAUGGAGGAGAACUUCCUCAGGCCGGUGGGUGUCCGAAGCAUGGGAGCCAUUCGCUCUGGGGAUCUGGCCGAGCAGUUCCUGGAUGACUCUACAGCCCUGUAUACUUUUGCUGAGAGCUACAAAAAGAAGAUAAGCCCCAAGGAAGAAAUUAACCUGAGCACUGUGGAGUUAAGUGGCAUGGUGGUGAAACAAGGCUACCUGGCCAAGCAGGGGCACAAGAGGAAAAACUGGAAGGUGCGCCGCUUUGUUCUGAGGAAGGAUCCAGCUUUCCUGCAUUACUACGACCCUUCCAAAGAAGAGAACAGGCCAGUGGGUGGGUUUUCUCUUCGUGGUUCACUCGUGUCUGCUCUGGAGGAUAAUGGCGUUCCCACUGGGGUUAAAGGGAAUGUCCAGGGAAACCUCUUCAAAGUGAUUACUAAGGAUGACACACACUAUUACAUUCAGGCCAGCAGCAAGGCUGAGCGAGCUGAGUGGAUUGAAGCUAUCAAAAAGCUAACAUGACAAGGACCUGAGGGAACCAGGAUUCCUCCCUCCUACCAGAUGACACAGACAGGAAUUCCUGGAGAAUGGGAGUGUGUUAAGACUUUUGACUUCUUUGUAAGUUUCGUACUGCUUUGGAGAGUGAAUGCUGAAGAGUUCCUCAGAUUACAAACAGCAAUGAUGCCAUUUCCUUCCUCAUCUUCAUGUUACAAACCUGGAAAGGCUAGAACAGCCAUUAGGCGUCAGCAUCUUGACUUUUCCCCAGCAUCACAAACAGCCAUUUCCUCGGGCACCAAAGUAGGUUCCCUUUGUUGGAACAAUUACACUGGCCAUGCCAUGUUGAAUAAAACUCUCUUCUUAUGCGGUUCUCUCUUAACUUCUUUGGAAUUAGUAAAAGCUGACAUUUGUUUCUGGCUAUUAGAGUCCCAUAUAAAGUUUUAUAGUUUUCAAGCAACA